AUGAAGCCUUUCGCCAGUUUUGUUAUUAUUCUAGCAAUUAUUAUUGGAAAUGCAUUUGCAUGCAAUAUUAUAAUUCAUGUUAAAUCUAAUACUACUAAGAAAUUUCAGGCGCAAGUAACACCACCAUUAGGAAAAGCAGGAGAUAAAUGGACAUUUACAUCAUUAAAACAAAGGAAUACUUUCCAAGAGAAAGCUGAUGUCUGUGGAAUUGGUAACUUUAAAAUUGAUGUUUACGAAAAUGGAAAACUCAAUAAUACAGUUAGUGUCAAAUUGAAUGGCAUUGGACGUGUUGAUUACCAAGUUGGAGAUGAUUUGAAACCAGUUAUGGUUGUUCGUCAUGGAGCUGCUUGUGAUGGAGAAUGUGCUCCCAUUUCUACCCAUUAA